AUGCCAUCAUUUCUUGAUGAGAUGAAAAUAAAAUUAAAAAAUGCAACAGUUAUUUUAGAAUGGAUAAAUUUAUACAACAAAUAUACAUCACUUUUCAUGCGUAAUUUUCGUCAAUGUGCUAACAUUUUAGAUACAUAUCAUAUUGAACAUAUGAUUGAAACAUUUCAAUAUCUUCAUCGAUGUAUCUUUCCUGAAACCAAUGGCAAUACUUUGAUAAUUCUUACACAUCGUAUUGUUGAACAAUAUCAUAGUUGUUCGACUGAUGAAAUUUGUGAAGCUUGGUUCUAUUAG